AGGGUUUCAAGCACGGCGGUGCCACCAGCCCUGGAGUGACCCUUGGGGACUGCUCCCCUCCGGCCCCAAAGAGUUCUCUGGGGUGGAGCAGCAGGAGUUCACCUUUGGGUGACAGGCUAAACCAGCGGAAUUUUGUACAUAAAGAAGGAGCAAAAUCCCUUCUGAGAGGCAGGGCUGGGUGCUGCUCUGCAUUCCUCCUCUCUAGGUCCUGCUCUGAUCCUUAGCGCUGUUUUUGAGGUCAGCACAGAGGUGGCCGAGGAGCUGCUGGCCUCACUCACCUUCAUGAACACCAGCUCGAACUGCUUGCCUCAGGGGCUGCACCCCGCCAUCCCCGCCCUGGGGACCCUGCUCCUGCUGGGCUGCAUCCUGCUGAACGGCGUGAGCUUCUGGGUCUUCUGCUUCCACAUCAAGCAGUGGGAUUCGGGCAUGAUCCUCCAGUUCAGCCUGGUCCUGGCAGACAUCGCCAUCAUCCCCGUUGCUCCACUCCAGAUUUCCUACCUCAGCCUUGGCAACCAGUGGCCAUUUGGCCAGUUUCUCUGCCAGCUCGAAGUCUUCCUACACAGCACCCACAUGUACGGCAGCAUCUAUUUCCUGACGGUCAUCUGCAUCCACCGGUACUUUGUGGUUGUUCGGUACAAGAGUAAGUCCCUCUGGAAGAAGAGAACCUUCUUGAGAAAGCUGUGCUUGUUUGUCUGGAUCAUCCUCUUUGUCCAAGGGCUCCCUUUUUUCUUCAUCCUUAAAACUUCGCUUAUUGAUGGAUCAGAAAGAUGCCUGAAUAUUCACCAGUCGGAGUUGUCCUUUGUUUACUUAGUCUACAACAUGGUUGUGGUUGUGUCGUCUUUCCUCCUGCCCUUUGCUGUUUCCUUGACCUGCGGUGCUCUGCUGGGAGCUGCCAUUGCUAAAGCAGCCAAGAGAAGCUCCAGAGGUAAGAAGAUGAAGAACAGGUCUCUGCAGAUGAUAAUGGUGUCUCUGGUGAUUUUUGCUAUCUGCUUUGGUCCUCUGCACAUCUGCAGGACCAUAGGCGUCAUUGUGAAGUACUACAACAUGUCUUGCCAGCUCCUGCACCAAGUGGAAGUUGCCUACUACAUCAGCUGGGUCUUCACCAUGGCAAACACCUGCCUGGACCCCCUGAUCUAUGUGUUUGCCAAUGACAAGUUUAAGAAGAGCUUUGCUGACUCCUUCCGCAAACGCUGGGGCACCAAGUGAGUGUUGCUGGGAUCUGGGAGCCCCCUGAGGGCCGAUGCUGAAGAACUGAACCCUCAGCUUCUCCCUCCUUUUUUCUGUCCCAGGUCCCCAGAGCUACCAGCAGCAGUUCAGCCUGGCAACACUGCAGGACCUGGGGGUUUCUCUGUGUUCCCCCAGUGACACCAAGAGGUUGUUCCUGCAGGCAGGGGCUCCCUGGGCUGUAAGGAAGCUCUAUGCACUGGCUGUACCCCAGGUGAUUGAACCUCUCGUACAUGGGUUUCUUCAGAGUGCUGAAAAAGCCAAGCCCUACUGGGUACAAGGGGGGAAUAGGGAGAUAAUUUACACCUCAAGUCAUAAAUCAGGAGAAAUUCCU